CGGCCCGGACCUCUCCCGCUGACGAGGCGCUGGCUUCCCUUGUUGGCCGAAAGUCCCUGGGACUUUCCCUCGCGUCGGGCUUUUAGCUGGGUGCCGAGCCUGGGGAGGGGAAGCAAGGCAAGGAGCCGCAGCGGCCCAAUCAGAAAGGCGGCGAAAGAGGCGCGCGGUUGCGUUGGUGCCGGGUUUUGUGUGGUGUGUCUCUGAUGUGUGUCAGUCUGUUCCAGCGUCGGGUUGGGUCCGGAGGAAGCGAGGAAGGCGCGUUUAGCGGCCGCGCCGGGAUGCAGGAUGACCGAAGCAGGCAGAAUUCCCCGUAAAACGACGGGUUCCACCUUCUUGCACCCCGUAAGCGACCUUUUCGGCAUCCCCCUCGAGCAGGUCAAUUUUGUUGCUUGUCAGCUUUGUGCACUCUUGGCUGCAUUUUGGUUUCGUUUGUACUUAAGGCCUAGUCAAGCCAACUCUGCCGUUCGUCAUGCAUUUGCCACAAUUUUGGGGAUAUAUUUUGCCCUCUUCUGCUUUGGUUGGUACUCCAUCCAUAUUUUUACUUUAGUGAUGAUAAGUUAUUUUAUCAUGAACAUGGCCAGUAUUUCCAACAUUCAUAGGUAUUCUUUUUUGGUAGCUAUGGGAUACCUCACACUGUGCCACAUUAGCCGAAUAUAUAUAUUCCAGUAUGGUAUUCUCACUACAGAUUUCUCAGGCCCAUUGAUGAUUGUUACACAAAAGAUCACAACUCUUGCAUUCCAGGUUCAUGAUGGAAUAGGUAGAAAAGCUGAAGAUCUAACUUCUGAACAGAAGCAGCUUGCUAUAAAGACGAGACCUUCCUUAUUGGAGUAUCUGAGCUAUCAUCUCAACUUCAUGAGUAUUAUUGCUGGCCCAUGCAGUAAUUUUAAGGAUUAUAUAGAGUUCAUUGAAGGGAGACACAUGCAGAUGAAGUUAUUAAAGGUCAGCUGGAAACAGAGGAAUUGCGAUAGAUUUCCUGAUCCUUCUCCAAUGGGAGCCAUCCUGCAGAAACUUGGUAUCACACUUCUAUCUCUGGUGGUGUUCUUGACGCUUACCAAGACCUUCCCAGCAACUUACAUUGUUGACGAUCAAUUUAUAAAUCGAUCUUCCUUCUUGACGAGACUUGGUUUUCUAUACGUUGUCAUGCAAGCCUCAAAACCAAAAUACUAUUUUGCUUGGACACUUGCUGAUGCAAUUAAUAAUGCAGCCGGUUUUGGAUUCAGUGGUGUGGAUGAGAAAGGCAAUUAUCGCUGGGAUCUACUGUCUAAUUUGAAUAUCAGGAAUAUUGAGAUGGCAACCAGUUUUAAAAUGUAUGUUGAAAACUGGAAUAUUCAAACAACGGCCUGGCUUAAACGUGUAUGUUAUGAUCGGACUUCUUGGUAUCCUACAGCCUCAACAUUUCUUCUCUCAGCUCUGUGGCAUGGUGUUUAUCCCGGAUAUUAUUUUACAUUUACCACUGGCAUCUUUGUGACACUGGCAGCCAGAAGAGUUAGGAACAAUUGUCGACACGUCUUCAUCUCAUCCAAGCUGCUCAAGGUGGGUUAUGACCUGGUCACCUGGUUGGCAACUCAGCUGUCGGUUUGCUACACUGUGGCACCAUUUGUUCUUCUUGCUGUUGAGCCGACAAUUAAAUUAUACAAAUCACUGUAUUUCCAUAUGCACAUUUUAUGUAUAUUGGUAUUAUUGGUGCUACCAAAGAAAUCUCAAAAACUCAGUGGAGGGAACCAGGCCAUUGAAAUGGAGGCACACAACUGUAAUAAAAGCAAGAAACAAAAGUGAGACUCGACAAAAAAAAUCUUCCUCUUCAAAAUCAUCGAACAAAAGUUACAAAGAAGACAUACUGUUGCUUCAUUUAAAACACUUUUUAAAGGACUUAACAGAACUGGACUUUUUAUCCAAAUACAACUCUUGGUCAUGUUUACAUACUUCAAGGAUAAGAUUUAUAAAUUUUUACAAAUGAAAGAAGCUAUUUUAAAGAAGGGUUCUACUGCGUUUAAAUAUUUAUUCUUGUGUUUCAUUUGUUGAAAAUAUAUAUUAACUAUUGUUCAGACAUGUUGGUUCACCUAACUUCUAAGGUUUUCCUUUUCCGGUUAACGUUUCAAAUUGGUUAAGAUAAUAAAUGCUGGCAGUGUUGUUCCCAAGGAAUAGACUGUAAAAUUUCAUAAACAGUUUCUCAUAACAUAUCAAAAGGUCUUGGGGUUUAUGAUUUUUCCCCUCAUCUUCGGCUAAAAGGAAUAUUUGCAUCUUAAAUAAAAUAUUUGGGAUUUAUUCACCUAGAACAAUUGAAAAGCAUGUGCUGUUUGGUUGGAAAAUAAUGAUAAAGAACUGAAAUAUUGUGAUUCUAGUUAUCCUUAUAGAUAUAAAACUAGAUAUCUGAACUAUGUAUGGAUUUGUCUUCAUUCUAGGCUGAACAAUGAAGGAUACCAAUCAUGGAAUCAUCAUUCCAUUACAGCAUUUGUUACGUGGAAGCAAAAUUUUCUUGGAAAUAUCUCAGGGACAAUUUAUAUUAAUGAUUUCACUUGAACUGUACAGUUUAUGCAUCUUUAAAAUUGUCUGAUUUUAAAAAUGUUUUUUAAACCAUAGAAUUUAGGAAGCUAUUUUUGCAUUUUUCUAAAAGAAAUAAAUGCUAUGAGGAAGCACAAUAAAUUAAUAAGAAUUAAGCAACUUGGUUUCUGAAUAACUUUCAGCUUGUCUCGGUGUUUGUUGUUUGUUUGUUGAAGAGUUGCAUUGUUGGAAAAAAAACUUUAAGUAAUUAAGUGGAAACCAACAAAGCCAUGUAUUCAUAUCAAAGAGUAAAAACAAAUAAGUUCAAAUAUCUUUUUAUAAAAUCAGCAGCUUUUU